ACGAACUAAAAGAGCGGGAGAGACGAACCGAAGAAGAAACUGCUGGGUUUGAGUGAACUACAGUACAACGAUGUAAACAGUUAUUAUUUAAUUAGGAAAUAAGCCCUAUUUGAGGAAAAUAAAGUCGUAGAACAUUUACUUAACAUCAUGGGCAAGCGGAAGAGAAACCUGGACAUGAGGUGUGUGCUAUUCCCAGACGAUGUGAAAGACACUUUCAAAAAGGCAGGAAAAGCAUCUGCCAGAACAUCCACGCCUGCCACAAAGUCCUGGGAGAGAUGUGGGGACAGUUUCCUGGACACCUCUGUCAUUCAGAAGCUGCAAACAUCAGAGAAGAGCAGAAAUGCACGUAAAGUGGCUCUGACGCCUGUUACUGGCAAUGGGGAUGCUGGCACAGAUGAACCAGUGCACAUUGCCUGGAGCUCCAGUGAGGAGGAAGAAUCAGACGGUGAUAGUCAUCCUCCUCCUCGACUGACUGUCACACAGGCACCACAGCCGCCCAGAGCACACAAACAACAUCCUGUUGAUUCUUGCAGAAGUCUGCGGAUGUUCAGCACUGGUGUAGAGACAGAUGACCUGCCCUCGAUUGAUUCAGACAGUGAGAUAGAGGAGGAAAAUUCAGAUUCAAAAGAACAUAUUGACUUUCUAAAUCCAGUUGUGUCACCAAACCAGAUUUCAGACUACUCCUCUUACGAUGAUAAUGAUGAAGAUCCAGAAGAAAGCAGAGCGGACGCAGCCGAGUCCAGCCGGCAGUCGGUCAGCGAGUGGGUCCGAUCUGCUCAGGCGAUUCUUCAGACACCUCAGAAACAAACCCCUAAGAGCAUCAAGACCCCAGAGGACUCGAGUAAAAAGAGGAGGAGGUUUGAAAGGGGAGGUCUUGCUGAAAGGCUGAACCGACUCCACAGCAGGCAAAAAUCAGCCAUCAGCUUCUGGAGACAUCAGUGCAACUCAACCACAUCAGCUGGUAAGACACAGCCAAUCUGA